AUGGUAUCCGGUGCGAAACAAUCACCGCUUCCGGGCGAUCAGGAUCAAGCCUGCAACCACCAAUCGGACCAGUACCAGCAGAAGGACCACAGAGCUGAACACCAGCGAGACGAGGUGCCGCCUGACCAUGAGGGAGAAGAGGCGGCACAUCAGCACCUCAAGACUGGCGGCACGCCUAGCUUUUACAGCAAAGCGCACUCCGACUCGCUGACAGAGAGGUACCAGCAGCGAGUGGAGCAGGCCUCGUCGGUGUGGCUGAGUGGCAUUCUGAGCGGCCGGAGCUACGCACCGCGUCCCAAGAAGGUGUAUGAGACAGAACUAAGUGACAGCACCAAUAUGAAAUUGCUGAAGGAACGGACGUACACGAUUCCACGUGGGUACAAGUACUUCCAGGAGAACCUUCCCCCCGUGCUGAGCCCAGUGCCAAAAAACGGCUACCGCGCCGCCCUCUUCAGCCACAUCAUCUUCUUCAGUAUCGCGUUUGUGUUCACACUGGCAGCCGCCUGCCCCAUUCCAUGGUACCGUGGCAAGAACGUCGAGGAGAGCGGGGUAAACUACAACGAGCGCACGUUUAAUCUGUGGAAGGCUGAGGGUGGCAACUACUCCGCUGUGUCGGUGCGCACUAUGAAGGACUGUCCCGUAGAGAAGCAGUUCUACCAAACCAUCGCCGUUUGCACCAUUGUGGGCUGCGCGCUGUCGCUAGUCUCACUCCUUAUCACAGGCGCGCGCCUUGUUGGUCGCAGCUCCUAUGGCUGGAUCUUACUCUUCAGUUUCCUCGCGUUUUUAUGGACGCUCUGCGGCAACGCGAUGUCGAUCAGGCUCUAUUAUGCACCCCGCUGCGAUGCGCCGCAGUUUUCCCACACAGCGCGCCUCGACGUCGGUUUCGCGCUGUCGCUGCUGGCGUGGAUUUUCCAGUUGUGCGGCUUUCUGGCCCUUUUUCUGGUGACGAAGAUGAAUGUUGGCCCAGUCCUAAAUCACCUGCGUGUGAUGGACACGUUCUACAUGGCACUGCUCUGUGUGUCGCUCCUGUUCCUGUGCACAGCGAACGCGAGCACUGUGUGGAAGCGCAGGUUCAACACUCUUGACGUGAAGGUGGUACGUGUGGCGUACUGGCACACGGAGCUAAUUAUGCCUAAUGGCACCAGUCUCUACUAUGCCCACCACCACUACGGCUGCGAUGCCUUUAGUCAGUGCAUGAAGGCGAGCGUCUCGUUUCUCAUCCUCUCCAGCGUCGCAUUGUUUUUUGCCAUUAUGCUGGCGAUCCCGGCAUUCGUUUCGCGAGGCUGCCGCACCGUCUCGGUUGUUUUCUCCGUCAUUACACUUGUAUUCUUAAUGGUUUCCUGGGUGACUGCUGUCGUCGUGCGGUACCGUAGCUCUUGCGGUGGUGCCAUCGAUGGCACCUGGUACCAGCAGUACACAGGUGUGCCCUCCGGUAUCUACAAUGGCCUGACAAGCUUUCCGGGCUACGGUGUGCAGGAGGGGCUCAUCUUGCCUAUUGUCGCGUGGGUCAUCGUGCUUGGUGCCACCGUCCUCAACAUGAGAAUCCCCUGGCCAGAGGAAAAGGUUUAG